UGUUACUUCCGGGUUUGCCUUAUUUUCUUGACGGGCAGAUAGAUUCUUUGUUGUUUUGAGUUAUUGGGUAUUUAUUUCAAAAUGAACCGUAUUUUCGGUCGAGGAAAACCGAAGGGACCACCACCAAAUCUAACGGAAUGUAUAGGAAAUGUUGACUCACGAGCGGAGUCUAUUGACAAGAAGAUUGAUAGACUAGAUGUUGAACUGGUCAAGUACAAGGAUCAGAUGAAGAAGAUGAGAGAUGGCCCUUCAAAGAACAUGGUCAAGCAGAAGGCAAUGAGAGUGCUGAAGCAGAAGAGAAUGUAUGAGGGCCAGAGAGAUAACCUCACACAGCAGUCUUUCAACAUGGAACAGGCCAACUACACAAUACAAACUCUCAAAGACACAAAAACAACAGUGGAUGCCAUGAAAAUUGGAGCCAAAGAGAUGAAGGCGGCAUACAAGAACGUGAAGAUCGAUCAGAUUGAGGAUCUCCAGGACCAGCUGGAGGACAUGAUGGAGGAUGCCAACGAGGUGCAGGAGGCGAUGAGCAGAAGCUACGGGACGCCAGAGAUCGAUGAUGAUGACCUGGAAGCAGAGCUGGAUGCCCUGGGAGAUGAGCUGCUGCUGGAUGAUGACAGCUCCUACCUGGAUGAGGCCAGCACUGCCCCCUCCAUCCCAGAGGGAAUACCCAGCGACAGGGCAACAAACCGGGGUGGAGUUCUGGUGGAUGAAUUUGGCCUGCCACAGAUCCCUGCCACAUAAUGGAUAGACAGCAGGCAGAAACCAAUGGCAACACUCCCAACUGUUUUUUUUUAUGUAUCAUAGCCUUUUUACAACAUAUAUCCGACUGACAUGCAUUAUUAAAUGGUGGUGGACAAAAGACUCAACCCGCCUUAGAUUAUCUAUUUAAGAUCAUCAUUGAUAUCGGAUAUGGAAAUCAAUAGUGAUGCACUAGCUAUAUUCAUUCUUGAUCGUAUGAACAAAUGUUUUUUUUUCUCCAAGGUGAUUCUUGGUUGUUCUAACUUCUACUGCAGCACUGUGUUGCCAACCACCAAUAAAUAUAAAUAUUUCAAAUGAUGCCAAUGGUGGAUUAGUUAUAAAAUCAGGCAUAUUUGUAGUUACAUUUUUUUAAACAAAGGAGGGAGACAGGACUAAAUAAGUAAUUUAAUUGUACAAUAGAACACUAGUAGUGCAUAGAAUUACAAUCACUCAAAAGCAAUAAAUACAUUUCUGAAAGUA